AUGAGGGAGAUUAAAGAAGAAGACUUUGAUGAUUUUCGCCAAGAGUAUUCAAGUCGACCUCGAGAAGAUGAUUCAACCAGGAAAGAAGAAAUGAGUCCCGCAAUAAAAAUGGAAGAGGAGUCCAAUGUUACAGAAAACAGUCAUGAUGGUAUGACGUCUAUCAGGAAGGUAUCAGAAUCAUCCCAACUGGUUACAAUAAAGAAGGAGAUCAAAAAAGAAGACGUUGAUGAUUUUCUCCAAGAGUAUUUGUGGCAACCACGGCAGGAUGAUUCACCCAGCACAACAACCUGCAAAGAAGAAAUGAGAUCUGUUAUGGACAUUAAAGAGGAAGAGAUGUCCAAUGUUAUAGGAAACUGCUAUGAUGGUAAGAAUAUUUCCAGCAAGGAGUCAGAAUCAUCCCUACUGGUCACAUACAAGAAGGAGAUCAAAAGAGAGGACUUUGAAGACUCCUCGCAGAGAACACAAGAAAAUGAUGAAACAAAGUCAUCUUUCUAUAAGGAAGAAAAUUGUUCAUCUGUGGAUAUUAAAGAGGAAAUUCACCAUAACCUAAUCGUGAAUGGCAAAAAUGCCAUGUCCCCUACAAGUGUCCCUGCGGUCAACAUGCAUGAUGGGAGGACACUUCAGUGCACCACAUGUGGAAAGGUGUUUAAACAUGCAGAAUAUCUAAGGAGACACCAGAGACUUCAUACUCAUUCUGGUGAAAAGACUAACCCUUGUAAAACAUGUGGAAAAUAUUUUGCAACAAAAUACACUCUUCAGGUACACCUGAAAAUUCAUACUGGAGAAAAGCCUUUCCCAUGUACAGCAUGUGGAAAGACUUUUCCACGAAAAGCUGAUCUUCAGAGACACCUGAUCAUUCAUACUGGUGAAAAGCCUUUUCCUUGUACGUGUGGAAAGACUUUCAGGCAAAAAAGUGGUCUUCAGAAACACAUGAGAAUGCAUACUGGAAAAAUCCUUUACAAGUGUGCAACAUGUGGAAAGGAUUUCACUAAGAAAUGUGAUCUCCAAAAACACCAGAUGAUUCAUACAGAUGAAAAGCCAAAUACAUGUACCACAUGUGGUAAGUCCUUCAGAGAAGGAAGCAGUUUAAGGAGACACCAGAGGAUUCACACCAAUGAAAAGCCUUACCUUUGUACCACAUGUGGAAGAGCUUUUAGAGUGGCAAGCGAUUUAAGGAGACACCAGGUGUUUCACACUGGUGAAAAGCCUUACCAAUGUGCCACAUGUGGUAAGGAUUUCACAAAAAAAUGUGAUCUCCAAAAACACCAGAGGAUUCACACCAAUGAAAAGCCUUACCUAUGUACCACAUGUGGUAAGUCCUUCAGAGAAGGAAGCAGUUUAAGGAGACACCAGAGGAUUCACACCAAUGAAAAGCCUUACCUUUGUACCACAUGCGGAAGAGCUUUUAGAGUGGCAAGCGAUUUAAGGAGACACCAGAGGAUUCACACCAAUGAAAAGCCUUACCUAUGUACCACAUGUGGUAAGUCCUUCAGAGAAGGAAGCAGUUUAAGGAGACACCAGAGGAUUCACACCAAUGAAAAGCCUUACCAAUGUGCCACAUGUGGUAAGGCCUUUACACAGGCAGGUAAUUUAAGAAUUCACCAGAGUACCCACACUGGUGAAAAGCCUUACCAAUGUGCCACAUGUGGUAAGGCCUUUACUCAGGCAGGUUAUUUAAGAAUUCACCAGAGGACCCACACUGGAGAAAAGUCAAUGUAG